AUGGCUCCGCCCCCUUAGCCCGGAGCCGGGGCUGCUGCAGACGCUCCGCAGCCCUCGCCCCGCGAGUGCCCCGAAGCUGCCAUGGUCUCGGCUCCGCGCUGCCGGCCCGGCGCCCGGGGGCUCCUGGCGCUGCUGAUGCUCCUGCUGCCCCUGGCCGGGGCUCGCAGUAGUUGUGGUGCCCCACCAACGCUAAGCUUUGCUGAGCUGCUGGAUGAGUUUAAGACAUGGACAUACUUUCCAUCUGAGAGCACAGUGAGCUAUAACUGCCACCCAGGUUACCAAAAAGUCUAUAAAGCACAGUCCACUCUUCUUUGCAAAAGACAAUUGGUGUGGUCAGAACCCGAAGAGUUUUGUCGAAGAAAAUCAUGUGGACAUCCAGGAGACCUAGCUAAUGGCAAGAUUCAUAUCACAGAUCUCCUGUUUGGUUCAAACAUUACAUUUUCUUGUGACAAAGGGUUCAGAUUAGUUGGACAUGAUACUAGUCAGUGUGUGAUUGAUGGAACAAGGGUCACAUGGAAUCAUAAACUUCCAUUUUGUGAAGCUGGGUGUCAGAAGCCAGAGGUGCAAACUGGAAGCAUGGUCAAUGCACUGGAUGAAAAAAUGUGGUACCAUGUGAAUGAAACCCUUCCUUUCAAAUGUUCUCCUGGGUACCAGUUUUCAAGCCAUUCCCAGCUGCCUGCAACAGACAGAUGUAGUAUUACUUGUUUAGCAGACGGUAACUGGACGGCAUUACCGGUGUGUAAAAAGCAAAGCACUUCUGAUGUGUGUGAGAUGGCUUCUGUAAAAGAGGUCAAUGAGUGUGGGGUGUCUCUGGAGAGACUGAGAACUCAGCUGGAAGUGCAGAAGCUGUAUCUGGAGAUUAAGAAGCUGGAGCUGGAGUUAAAGUCACAAUGAAUAGCUGAGACCUGUGAUCCAUAUUGUGAUACUCUCUCUCCCCUUUGGAUGCAGUUUAUAUAAUUACACUACAUCCAGGAUGACUUACUGAUUUCAUAGAACUUGCUAAUAGAGCUAAUAACUCAGAAUAGGCGGUAAACAGGGGAUCCGAUUUCCUUCCUGGGUGCAGUUCUUAGGAUUUUUUUGUUUUCCCCUUGAAUUUCACAAAUUUGAGUUUCCACUUGAUAAACGAGGGAUUUCAGGCCCUCAUAUAGGUUUUAGGGGUUAUAGUGAAGGAAAGAGUGAGAUUUGGUUUUCCUUAGGUAAGUUGACCAAGUAGCAUGGAAGCAAAUUACCAGUUGAUAACAAGCUUUACAUAUCAUGCAAAAGGAAACUCAAGUCUAACCUCGGCUUUGUAGACAUCCCAUAAUUGCUGCUUACAUUUAACUUUAAUGCACCAAAACACCCACUCGAAGCGUUGAAUCGGUAUUUAACUGCCCAAUUUCCCCACACAUUCAGAGCAGUGGUGACGAUGAUAAAUUCCUGCACCACUCUAAAAUGUGUAGCGGCUGAAAAAACCCUCUAGGCCGCCUUGUCUGCUCAAUUAUGAAGUCAGCAGGAUGCUUCCUUUUAAGGACACUCAGCCUUGUCAAACUGAAGAAAGCCGUUUUUGAAAUCUGCUAUCCCCCAAGGCACUUAAUAGCUGUCCUCAGCUGCACACGCAUCAGGAGUAGAUAGCAAUCUAAAUUGUAGAGAAGCAACCAUCUGAGCCAUUUCCCUCAGUAAAUGAUAGGGGUGUUCUCUGACCUAUGCCUUUGUGAUCAAGUAGUAAUUUCUGCCCUGCAGGGCUAUAAUAAAAUGCAAUUGUAACAACU